AUCUGCCCGAGGCUCGAGCUCCGCCUGAAGGAAGGUGUCAGACUGAGAGCGAUGGACUCUCCGUGUCAGAGGCAGAGGCAACGUCUGGUGAGGAGCCACAGGGGAACAUUGAACAACAGAUGGAAACCAGGCUGAGAAUGUCACCGGCUGAACUGAGGGUUGUGCUGCUGAUCCUGGGUUUUCUGGUCACAGACUCCGCACUCGGUGAUCCGUGUGUAACCCACACCGUCCUGGAUCAGCCCUGGAGGAGCACGAAUUGUUCCAACACUGAGUGUACCGGUGGAGAGUUGAUGAAUGAUAAAAAUCUUGCUGUGAGAUGGUACAGAUUUAACAGUUCCGGAGGAUGGAAGAUUCCCGAGACGGUCGUUCCAGAGUAUCACUGCUCCGGGGAGAACCCAGGCUGGUUAAACGGUCCCCAUCCCAACGUGGGAGAGGGUGAGGUGACCAGGACUGUCUGCUUCAGCAAGGAUGAAAACCCCUGUGAGAAGUACCAGGAGAUCAGGGUGAAAAACUGCUCUGGUUACUUUGUGUAUCGGCUGGAGCCUACAACCAGGAAUGAUUCUGUGUACUGUACAGUCACAGACUCCGCACUCGGUGAUCCAUGUGUAAACCACACCGUCCUGGAUCAGCCCUGGAGGAGCACGGAUUGUAACUGCACAAAGUAUACCGGUGGACAAUGGAAGGGAGAUAAAAAUCUUGCAGUGGGAUGGUACAGAUUUAACAGUUCCGGAGGAUGGAAGAUUCCCGAGACGGUCGUUCCACAGGGUUGCUGCUGCGGGAAGAAAUCAGGCUGGUUAAACGGUCCCCAUCCCAACGUGGGAGACGGGGAGGUGACCAGGACCGUCUGCUUCAGCAAGGGUGAAAAACCCUGUGAGAAGAGCCAGGAGAUCAGGGUGAAAAACUGCUCUGGUUACUUUGUGUAUCGGCUGUGGCCUACAACCGGGAAUGAUGCUGUGUACUGUACAGUCACAGACUCCACACUCGGUGAUCCGUGUGUAACCCACACCGUCCUGGAUCAGCCCUGGAGGAGCACGAAUUGUUCCAACACUGAGUGUACCGAUGGACAAUGGAUGGGUGAUGGAAAUCUUGCAGUGGGAUGGUACAGAUUUAACAGUUCUGGAGGAUGGAAGAUUCCAGAGACGGUCAUUCCACAGGAUCACUGCUCCGGGCAGUACCCAGGCUGGUUAAACGGUCCCCAUCCCAACGUGGGAGAGGGGGAGGUGACCAGGACCGUCUGCUUCACUGUGAGUGAAAACACCUGUUACUGGAGCCGGGAGAUCAGGGUGAAAAACUGCUCCGGUUACUUAGUGUAUCGGCUGGGGCCGACAACCGGGAGUAACGCUGUGUACUGUACAGACUCCGCACUCGGUGAUCCGUGUGUAACCCACACCGUCCUGGAUCAGCCCUGGAGGAGCAUGAAUUGCUCCAACACUGAGUGUACCGGUGGACAAUGGAGGAAUGAUGUAAACCUUGCAGUGGGAUGGUACAGAUUUAACAGUUCUGGAGGAUGGAAGAUUCCGGAGACGGUCGUUCCACAGGGUCGCUGCUCCGGGGAGUUCCCAGGCUGGUUAAACGGUCCCCAUCCCAACGUGGGAGAGGGGGAGGUGACCAGGACCGCCUGCUUCACCCAGGGUGAAGACAGCUGUUACAGGAGCCAGGAGAUUGGGGUGAAAAACUGCUCCGGUUACUUUGUGUAUCGGCUGCUGCCAGCACCCUUGAGUUACGCUGUGUACUGUACAGACCUGGAGGCUUCCACAAUGGAUCAAUCCAAUGGAUCAUCUACAGGACAACCCAUCCCAUCACCAUCCUCUGUCUCAGAGGGACAGAGAUCCUCAGAUUCCCAGUCGGACACCACUCAGGAACCCCAGGGGUCUGCGACUGGAGGACCUGGUCCGGGUUUGUCCACCACCCCAGCAGGGUCUGCAAGCUCAGAUCCAGAUAGGAGGACAAGCCCCAACGCCGGGCAGGAGAAGCCGACGGACACCACGUGCAAAACCUAUGAGAUGAUCCCAGUGAAUGAGCUCCUGUUGGAUGAGGAGUGUGAGGGGAUGAUCAGCAGUGUCAAAGUGCUGUACCUUGGGCAGAAGAACCUGGGAGACCCCCAGGAGCGAGAGGCCUACCUCGAUCAGAUACGUGAGAUACUGAGGAAACAGCUCCCCUGCAAGCAAAUCCUGUCCGAGAGCAAAUGUGACAAGGGAAAUAAGUGAAAAGGAAGAUCUCAGACUGUGUUUGUCCAACGUAUUACAGGGUGAUGGACGAUGUGUGAAGUGUUCAUGGGUUGUGGUGGGGAGUGUGAGGUUUCAGUCGGUUGUGUGAUGGUGGUGGGGAAUCCAAUAUCAGUGAAAUAUUAUUAGCAUCAAUUAGACUGUGUAUCUGUCAUUGAGAAUCAGGUUUAUUAUCAGUGACAUAUUACUCUUUCAUCUUUCAUUAUUUCUCAUCGAUUGAGUGUAAUAAUGGGUUUAAUCCAAGCAAUGAAAGACACAUUCAGAUUCCUGGGAAGUGUCUCUGUAAUUGUUUCUGUAUUUCCAAUGAUCCACGGUUACUUUAAUUAAGAAUGUAUUUCUGUUUUACUUUAGUUGUGAUGUUACAUUCAUUUAUGACUGUUUUUAAAAGUAAUAUCAUAAAGAC